AGGACUUGAAGGAGGCAGCUAACAAUUAGCCAAAUCAGACAGAAUUAUAUUUUUAACUAUUAAUUAAUUAAAGUGAGAGAGAAAAUGGGAAGGCCUCCUUUUAGUGAUGAGAGUGGUCUAAAGAAAGGUCCAUGGACUCCAGAAGAAGACCAAAAACUCACCAAUCAUAUCAACAAACAUGGCCAUGGUAGCUGGAGAGCCCUCCCUAAACUUGCAGGUCUUAAUAGAUGUGGAAAGAGUUGCAGAUUGAGAUGGAGUAAUUAUCUUAGGCCAGAUAUUAAAAGAGGCAAAUUUUCUCAAGAAGAGGAACAAACAAUUCUCAAUCUCCAUGCUGUCCUGGGAAACAAGUGGUCAGCAAUUGCAACACAUUUAUCCGGACGAACUGACAACGAAAUCAAGAAUUUUUGGAACACUCAUUUGAAGAAGAAGCUAAUACAAAUGGGAUAUGAUCCAAUGACUCAUAGACCUAGAACUGAUAUCUUUAAUAGCUUGCAACAUCUCAUAGCUUUGGCAAAUUUGAAGGAACUAAUUGAAAAUCACUCAUGGGAAGAACAAGCUAUGAGACUUCAUUACUUGCAAAAUCUACUACAACAACCUCACAACAAUAUAAGUACUUUAAGUGCUAUCCAAAAUGCAGAAGCUUACAAUUUUUUAAAUUCUUUAAAAGAUAGCCAAUUCUUAAGCACUAAUAAUAAUUUGGGAAAUCACAUAGUUCAUCAAAUUCCUUUAAAUCUUGAUCAACCUAUUCAAGAUUCAACCCCUUUCUCCCAUUUGCCUGAAUUACACACCCCUAGUAGUUUCCAAACUUCUUUAUACAAAGAUAAGAUUCGACCUCAAGACACUGAAUUUACGAUUAUGAGACAAGGAGAAACUUCACCGACUUCUCCGUGGCUCCCUUCUUUAUCUCCUCCACCUUCUCUAGUCAUAAAUGAUCAAAGAAGUAAAGAAAAUUCAUUAGAAGUGGUGAUUUCGCCUUGCUUGUCAGAACAGGGAAAACAUCCAAAUUAUCUUUCUCAACCAGAUAGCGAGCAGUCACUCAACAAUAUUGAAGAAGCUCCACCUUCUAUAUGGUCUGACCUACUUGAAGACUCUUUUUUCCAAGAUAUUGACAAGCUUUAAAAUAGUAAUACAUGACAAAUAGAUCGAUUGGAGUUUCAAUUUUUUUCCCCAGAUAACGAACGAUCACUCAACAAUAUAUGAAGGAGUUUUACCCUGUCUCUGGCCUAACCUUCUACUUGAAAAAUAAUUUUUCCAGGAUGUUGCAAAGUUUUAUAAGAAUAAUAUAUGUGUUGUAUAAGUUGCUUUGGAGUUAUAACAUUCACAAAACUUUUCUUUUUUUUCAUUUUUCUCCUUAAUUUUAAUUACUAAUUUGCCUUUCUUUUAUUUUCAUAGAUAGUUAUAUACAUUUUCCAUUAGUAUGGUGAGUCAAUGAAUAAAAGCACAACUGAUUAAAGAUUAGUGUAUAAGUUCUGUAAUUUUCAA